AUGCUCGACAGCGCCGCUAAGAAGGAACGAAAGAACGGCAAUACCAACACCCGUGAACCCAACGAGGACAAAGAGUGGAGAGAAAGGCUUCACUACAAGGAGAUCGCCAUCACCAUGUUCCGGCCCUAUCAGUUGCCCAUGAUUGAGACCAUCGUGCUCUUCCUCGCGCUACUGAGCGGUCUCGUUGACGCGCUCAUCUUAUCUUUCUUCGGGAGCUAUGGUUAUGUCUUGGAACAACGGUCCUUCACACCUGUGGAAAUCUCCCUCACCCUCAUCGCAUUAGCCGCCUCAUAUAUCAUCGGCUACUUCAUCUUCUUCCCCAUCAUCGCCCGCCAUAAUGCUCGACGUAGCCAGGGCGAGCAGCUCGCACCCAAGGCACGUCUCAAGCCACUCCUAUACCUUGUCACCCUUCUCCCUACUGGACUGCUCAUCUGCGCAUUUGUCGCAACUGGACCACUACUGCACUGGUUCGAUGUUGUCAUUAGCUACUGUCCUCAUAGGAAUCUCAAAUUUUGCCAUCUACUACGCGUCCGUUCAUUAUAUGGUCGCCGCCUACGGACCACACAGCGCGUCUGA